AACCAACCAAGCAGCACACAACAACAACCCAGCCAACGACACUGCAACACAAACACGCCCCCGAUCACGUGGCCGCCCGCCGGCGACACCACCCCCACCACCGCCCAGGAUGCAAGGCUUCAACAUGGGGCGGUACGUCCCGCCGGACCUCGAGGGCGUCGCGAGCGCGAACCAGGCCUCGGGCAAGGGCCACGCGCUGGGCGCGCGGGCCUCGCGCCUCCGCAGCGAGGGGAUCCUCACGGUGCGGUUCGAGAUGCCCUUCGCCGUGUGGUGCGGGCACUGCAGCCCCCCCGUCGUGAUCGGGCAGGGCGUGCGCUUCAACGCCGAGAAGAAGAGGGUCGGCAACUACUACAGCAGCCCCGUGUACAGCUUCCGCAUGCGCCACGCCGCGUGCGGCGGCUGGAUCGAGGUGCGCACCGACCCGCGCAACACGGCGUACGUCGUCGUCGAGGGCGGGAGGAGGAGGGACACGGGCGAGGGCAAAGGGGACGGGGACUCGCUCGUCGGGGACGGGGUGGGCGUGCCGGCCAUCAAGACGGCGCGCGAGCAGGCCGAGGAGCGGGAGGCUGCGUUUUCGGAGCUCGAGAAGACGAUCGAGGACCGCGCCGCGCUCGCUGCGGCGCGGGAGAGGAUCGAUGAGAUCGAGGAUGCCAACGCGAGGCAGUGGGACGACCCGUACGCCCGCAACCAGAUGCUGAGGAAGACGUUCCGCGUGGGCCGGAAGCAGAGGGAGAAGGACGCCGCGGCCGCCGAGGACCUUAGGGACAGGAUGGGCUUGGGGAUCGAGCUGUUGCCCGAGAGCGAGGAGGAUGCGCGGUGGGCGAAGCUGGUGGAUUUCGGCAAGGCACCCGACGGCCUGGUUGAGGAGGGCGACAAGGCCCUUGCGAAACCACUGUUUGGCGGGGCAAAGCCUAUGGUGCAGGAGACGAACACGAGAGACAGGAAGACCCCCACGAAGAAGCUGCUCAAGUCGGAGGUCGCAGCAUCCAAGAUGAGGAGCUCCUUGGUCUCCGAGAUUGUUGGCAACACCCGGAUGGCCAGCGACCCGUUCCUCGAGCCACGGACCAGGGACAACACCAAGAACACGGCCAACAUCAUACCUGGGCUGAAGAGAAAGAGACAGCCCGGGGUGGAACCCAGCCCACCACCAGAAGAUAAACCACCUGAAAAGGUCGCUGCCACGUCUUCAGCCCUGGUGGAUUAUGACUCGGACUGAGCAAGAGCCUUCUUAUGUUGUUUUUGAAAUAGCGUUAUGAUAC